AAAACGGAAUGUUACCUGGAAGAAAUGUAUUUCAGCAUUAGAGAGAUUGAGAAAUCAAAUAGAGAAAAGUUAUUUCACAGAAUGUCAAUUUUGAACGGGAUGCGAACAUCGGAACCAGUUUUUCUAGCCCGCUGGGUGUGGAACGAAGACACACAGUGGGUCUGACAGUGGGGGAAAUUACGAGGCCUAAAGAAGCGUUGGAACGCAGCAUAUCAGUACGCGACUGGUGAACGUUGCGUCAACAUUGAAUAUAACACUGAUAAAAAGGACUGUUUGAACCGGCCAAAAUGGUCUGUUUGGUCACGAUAUUACUCAUUCUGUAUGUUUUCUUCGAUGUGAACUACUUCCUGAGGAUAUUCCUGACACUGGGGUGGGGUAGACUCUUCCAAAAGAAGACGAAGGUCUUUGAUCCGACGUGUAUUUACGGGAUCUGCACCACUCAGGACGUCGACCUAUUCCUGAAGCACAUGAAUAAUGCCAGAUACUUGAGAGAAUUAGACUUUGCUCGAUUCCAUUACUACGAUCGAUCGGGGAUCUAUGGAGAAAUUAGGAGGCGAGGAGGUGGCGCCGUUCAGGGCGCCUCUUCCACACGAUAUCGUCGAGCACUUGGAAUUUUAACUCCGUACAAAGUCACUACUAAGCUCAUCUACUGGGAAGACAAGAAUUUCUACCUAGAACACGAGUUCAUCAGUCUCACCGACAACUUCAUCCGUGCAGUUGUGUUGAGCAAACAGACCGUCACCGGCCUCAAGGACCCAGUUUCCGAGCUCAUUGCCAAGGUCGAGCCGGGAGCUCAACGACCCGAAUUAAACCCUGAUCUCAAGCUCUGGAUGGAGUCCAUGGAGGAGUCCUCAAAGAAGCUCAAGAAGCAGAAUUGAGCCUCAAUUCGUGUUCUAUUAAUUAUCCCGGCGUUUUGCAAUCAUAAUCCAUCCUUUUCGCAUUAUUAUUUAAUUAUUUUCCCCCUUCAUUUCUGUUAGUGUGGGCUGAAAAGGGCUGUGAAAUAAAUCGGUGAAUGCA